GUCAUGUAUAAAAAUGAGUCGAACUGAUAACUCGUAUUUUCUCUCUAGUAGUCCCAAUAGUCAUGGGUGACAGAGACAGCAUUGGAAGUGGGCCUGCUCCACUCGAUGCGUCCAAGCUGAAGGUCACACUCUCGGAAACACUGAAGCCCCUGCAGCCCAUCGAGACAUUACGUUUCGGCCAGUCAUUUUCGGACCACAUGAUCGUUGCAAAUUACGAUCCUGAAACAGGAUGGUCCGCGCCUGAGGUUAAGCCUCACGGACCUAUUACACUUGAUCCCGCAUGCUCGUGCUUCCAGUACGGUGGAAAUGUCUUUGAGGGUAUGAAGGCGUAUCUUGGGCCCGACGGUAAGGCACGCUUGUUCCGCCCAGACAUGAACAUGCGUCGCUUGGAGAGGUCUUGUGGACGUCUCGCUCUUCCCCCCAUCGACGGAGAUGUCGUUUUGGAACUGAUAAAGUGCCUGGUAGAUCUCGAGAGGCGCUGGAUACCCAAGGAAUCGGGAUAUAGUUUGUAUCUGCGUCCUACCGUCAUUGCAACCCGACCAGGUUUAGGAGUAAUAGCAUCUGACCAUGCUAUGCUUUACAUUCUGGCAUCGCCAACUGGGCCAUACUUCCAAGUGUUGAAGCCUGUUUCUCUUCUCGCUGUCAGUGAUAAUGUGCGCGCAUGGCCGGGUGGAACUGGAGGGCACAAAAUCGCUGGCAACUACUCACCCGGCUUCUUGCCCCAGCAAGCUGCUACAGCGAAAGGCUACGACCAAAUCCUUUGGCUGUUUGGCGACGACAGAAGAAUCACGGAGGCUGGAGCAAUGAACUUCUUCGUUGUGGUUAAGAGGGAUGAUGGAGACGGCGUAGACCUUAUCACCGCCCCCUUGGAUGGUACUAUUCUACCUGGAGUUACUAGAGCAUCAUGUCUGGCCCUCGCAGGCGAUCCAGAAUUCCAAAAAGAAAGCUCGCUGCGCUUGCACCCACGAGAAAUGGUGUAUACCAUGAGUGACCUCGCCAAAUGGUCGUCCGAGGGCAAAUUGCUGGAGGCAUUGGCCAUAGGUACAGCGGUCAUUAUCGGACCUUGCAACAGAAUUGGACACGAGGGCAAGGAUAUCGUACUUCCUGGGGCUGGGAUGGGACCAGUUGGUACGGCACUCCGGAAGAAAAUUCUUGAUAUCCAGGAGGGCAGAACAGAGUGGAAAGGAUGGGGCGUCGUCUGCCCUUAGUGGUAUUAUGCUAUUGCGGUUAGCAACUGCACCAAACUGCAUACUAUAACGCGUAUGCAGGCUCGCCUAGACAGACCGUAGACAAUUGUUCCGUACUUGAGGUAGACAACAUGCGGAUUCUACAAACAUCACAUGAUGUGACAAGAGUGUGACACGGUCAAAGUUAACUCUGCCGAGUGGAUGCCGAGCAGGAUAAGUCGGUGCACUGUAAGGUGCAUGUAAGUACAGUA